GACCACUAGGGUGGCUCAAUGUGACGACAUAUGCGGUUUUUUUCCUGCAGCCAUUUCAAGCCAAAUAUGACUCAAGAGGAGUACACUGGCGACGAGGUGUUGAUCGAGGAGGUCCCCAACGGGAAAUCCGCUUUCGAUCAUUCCAAGGACAAGGCCAAGGAUUUUUCGUAUUACUAUGCUCAUCAGCCGGAGUCCACCAAGGGCUUCCCCCCGGAGGCAAAGGUCAGAGAGGAGGAUCCUCUGACACGAGCAGAUGGAUGUGGUCCAAAAGCUCUAGAUGAGCAGAAAGAAGUAGUUAUGGACAACGUCAGAUGGUUGUCGACGAUGUCAUUCUCAGACGAUGGUAAAGUCGUGAAGGUGUACAUUGAUUUCCCCGAGGAGAUCAAGGAUGCAAAGAUCACCUGCGAGUUCGAACGUUUCGGUGUUGAGCUGAUCGCGCGACUACCCAGUGGCCGGCUCUAUGGCGUUCGCGUGAAGGACGCUGAGGGAUGGGUCCUGGAGCAUGAGCGCAAGAACGGUUGGGCGCAUGAGAUCGUCCCCGAGAAUUGCAAGCAUCGUGUCUCAUCCAGUUCUCCAAAGAUCACCCUGACGCUGGCGAAGAAGGAUGAGAAGGAAAAAUGGUACGAGCUCAGAAAGAAGGACAUCAGAUCAACAUUCUGAGGCUAAAGCUGCCGAGAAGAGUGAGGAAUUCUGAGCUCAUGGAAUUUUAUGGCUAUGGGAUCAGGAUCAUGUAUGGGCGAUUCAAAUUUUGAACUGAAUAUCGCUGCUCAUUUCACUG